AUGGCGUUGGAGUGGGUGAUGCUAGGCUACGCCGCCGGAGCAGAGGCCAUAAUGCUCCUCCUCCUAACUCUCCCGGGUCUUGACCCGCUCCGCAAGGGCCUAAUUAGCGUGACCCGUAGCUUGCUCAAGCCUUUCCUGUCCAUCGUGCCCUUUUGCCUGUUCCUGCUGAUGGAUAUAUACUGGAAAUAUGAAACCCGACCCAGUUGUGAAUCUGAAUCUUGUUCUCCUUCCGAACACCUCCGCCAUCAGAAAUCUAUUAUGAAGUCCCAGCGUAACGCUCUCUUGAUCGCCUCUGCUCUUGUUUUCUACUGGCUGCUUUAUACUGUUACUGGCCUUGUUGUGAAGAUUGAUCAGCUGAAUAAGCGGAUCGAGAAGUUGAAGGCCCAGGAUUAA